UGGGACCGCCGCGCCGGAAGUGGCUUGGAGGCUGCGGUGCGUUGUGGACAUGAUGGCGCUGGUGACCGAGGAGCUCGAGGCCUUGGCGGCGAUUUUCUGCGGGCCCCGCGAGUGGGAGGUGCUAAGCCGCUCAGAAACAGAUGGAACCGUAUUCAGAAUUCACACAAAGGCUGAAGGACUUGGAGGCGUGGACAUACCCUUAGAGUUGGUAUUUCAGUUACCUGCCACCUACCCCUCGUGUCUGCCCAGGAUCUCCAUUAACUCUGAACAUCUGACCAGGGCCCAGUGUGAGACUGUGAAAGACAGGUUACUCAAGCAAGCAGAGACUCUCCCAUCAGAACCUAUGGUUCAUGAACUGGUUCUCUGGCUUCAACAGGGUCUUCGGCAUAUCCUCAACCAGACAGAACCUAGAGCGGGCAGUGUGCAGAAUGCUUUUGCAGUCAGCCCGACCACAGAUGAUGGAUUGUGGCUGGCUCUUUUGCAUCUAGAUCAUAUGAGAGCAAAAGCUAAAUACAUCAGAACUGUGCAGAAAUGGGCUUCUGAUUUAAGGCUCACAGGAAGACUGAUGUUCAUGGGUAAAAUAAUACUGAUUUUACUACAAGGAGACAGAAGCAACAUCAAGGAAUACCUGAUGCUACAGAAAACCUCCAAAGUCGAUGUGGACUCAAGUGGAAAGAAAUGCAAAGAGAAAAUGAUUAGUGUACUAUUGGAAACAAAAGUACAGACGGAACAUAAAAGGUUUCUGGCAUUUGAAGUCAAAGAGUAUUCCGAGCUGGAUGACUUACAAAAGGAAUUUGAAGCUGCGGGACUUCAGAAGCUUUUCUCUGAAUUCGUGCUUGGGCUGGUAAAAUGAAAUGAAUGACAGGAGUCUGGCUCAGACAGCAGGGUUUUGUUGUUUUUGCCUUGGUCUGGGGGAGGGGCUCAUUGAAAAAAUCACAAGAGGGUAAUUUUACAGUUUCUCUGAAGUGCGAUCUUUCUCAUUUCACAGACACAAUCCAGUUGUGUUUUAUAGAAUAUUACAUAAAAAAUACCCCCCAUGUCCUAAUUUUUGCUAGGAAAAACUGGGCUUAAUAGAUAGAACUUUAUUUAGCAGAUAAAUAAAAAGAGAU